AUGUUGUAUCUCGUGGGUCUUGGACUUGCUGAUGAGACCGAUAUCACGGUCAAGGGUCUUGAAGUUGUCAAAAAGGCCGAAAGAGUCUACCUCGAAGCAUACACCAGUAUUCUGCUGGUAGACAGAGGAAAGCUAGAAGCGUUCUAUGGACGCCCUGUGAUCGAAGCAGACAGAGAACUAGUUGAAAGCGGUAGCGAUGAGAUCCUCGCAGGCGCAGACAAAACAGAUGUCGCAUUCCUUGUCGUUGGCGAUCCUUUUGGCGCGACCACGCAUACGGAUCUAGUCCUUCGGGCGCGCGAAAUGGGCAUUGAAACCAAGGUCAUCCCCAACGCAUCGAUCAUGUCCGGAAUUGGCUGCACAGGGUUACAACUGUAUAAUUUUGGCCAAACGGUGAGCAUGGUAUUUUUCACGGAAAACUGGAGACCCUCGUCUUUCUACGACCGCAUUAAAGAGAACGUGCAGCUGGGAUUCCAUACGCUGGUGCUGCUGGAUAUCAAAGUCAAGGAGCCAUCGCUCGAGAACCUCGCCAGGGGGCGAAUGAUUUACGAGCCGCCAAGAUAUAUGACUGUCGCACAAUGCGCCAGCCAGAUGCUGGAAACCGAGGAGGAGCGAAAGGAGGGUGUCUACGGGCCUGAUAGUCUUGCCGUUGGUGCUGCAAGAGUCGGUGCUGCGGACCAGAAAUUGGUAGCGGGUACACUGAAAGAAUUGACGGGGGUCGACAUGGGAAGACCACUGCAUAGCCUGGUCCUAUUGGGAAGGAAGACGCAUGAUCUGGAGAGGGACUAUAUCCGGGAGUUUGCGGUGGAUAAAGCGACGUUUGAUGCGAGCUGGCAGAAAAGCUACGGAGCGACUUCAUGA